AUGCCCAUCCAUGCAGCUAUGGAUGAGUUUCCUCCUGGAACGAUCUUGCUGGAAGAUCGAAAUUCCCCUCAAUCAGAGUUCAUUCUCAGUCCAACUCCCACAGAUGACCCAGACGACCCUUUAAACUGGUCUUCAUUGAGAAAGGCGGUGAAUUUUGGACUCACUUGCUCAUAUGUUCUCUUCACGUUUGUCUUGAUUGACAUCAAUACCCUCGCCUACCGCGCAUACAUAAAGGAAUUGGGGUUGACCUAUGCAACCUUCAAUCAAGCUAGUGGCUGCAGCUAUGCAGGCCUCGCGGUUGGUUGUCUGGUGCUGAUUCCCUGUGUGCACAAAUAUGGCCGUCGUCCUCUAUAUCUCGUCAGCGCAACCAUCCAGUUGGCCUGUGCCCUGUGGUGGGCAAACUUUCACCACGCAGGAGAAUUAAUUGCCAUUAGUCUAUUGUCCGGUCUGGCAGGCUCUAUCAGCGAGGCAGUUGUUAUGAUCACUGUCGUCGAUCUGUUCUUCGUCCAUCAACAUGCUCGUAUGAACGGAAUUUUUAUAUUCAUGCAAAGCCUUGGUGCCACGGGUGGGCCUAUCGUUGCAGGUUAUAUUAUCGUCUCUCUGGGCUGGAGAUGGAUGUGGUGGAUGAUCGCAAUAUUGCUGGGCGUCAAUCUUCUCUUGGUGCUGUGCUUCUUCGAAGAGUCGAAGUACAUCCCCACACGUGUCGGGCACUCGGCUUCGUCAAAGCACACCCAACUGGUGGAGAGCAUGGACAAGUUCGUUACCACUGGGGAGACACACCAUGAUGCAUCCCGCGUAUCUGUUGAUGCUCCUCGUAGUGGCAAGUCUAUUCGUCAACGUUUAGCUUUCAUCACCAAGACCGAUGUGCCAAUCUUACAGCAUUUCUACCAGCCCCUGAUUGUUUUAUUUGCAUUUCCUGCCGUGUCAUUCGCUGCUAUCACCUACGGAUCUAUUCUCGCCUGGUUUUCGGCUAACGUCUCAGCCGGGUCGUACUUUCUAAUCGUCAAACCGUACAAUUUCAACCCCUCUCAGAUCGGCUUAUUUCACCUUGGGGGAUUUGCAGGCACCGUGAUAGCCACAUUAACGGCCCCAGCACUCAAUGACUGGCUGAUUGUUUGGCGGGCCCGACGGAAUGAGGGGAUCUUUGAGCCAGAAAUGCGCCUGUGGAUGAUGUUUCCUGCUGCUGUUUUCAAUGCUGCCGGCUUGAUGAUAUUUGGCAUUGGCCUUGGAAGAGGCUUACACUGGGCAAUACUGGCAGUUGGAAACGGCCUCUUUGGGUUUGGGUUCAUUGUCACAGCCGAUGUUGCCCUAACCUACUUGACCGAUAGUUACCCUGAUAUCCUUGGCGACGCGCUUAUAGCCGUUGUCUUCGUUCGCAAUGGCUUCGCCAUGAUCAUUCGGUUCGCCUUCACUGACUGGAUCGCUGGCAUGGGCAUUGAAAACACCUUCAUACUCAUCGGGGCCAUUGCUUUCAUCACUGCGGUAUUGCCAGCCCUGUUGAUGGUCUAUGGGAAGCGGGCGAGAGUGAAAACAACUUCAAAAUAUCGGAAGUUCGCAUCACGCCAACAAGUUCAGAGGCUCGUAGAGGGGAUGCCUGAUCCUGCUACCAUGUCUAAAUCAUCCAUCACCACGACAGAAAAGACAUUUAGCUCUUACAACCAAGAGCAAGGAAAGGCAUACGCUGACGCCCGCCCGGACUACCACCCUGCUUUGUACCAGUUUGUUCUUGACCAACACACCUCCACAAAUGGUCAGCUUGGUACCCUCCUUGAUGUUGGAUCUGGCCCCGGUAACGUAGCCCGCGCACUCGGCAAACACUUCGCUCAGGCUAUUGGUCUGGAUCCCUCCGAAGGGAUGGUCAGCACCGCUCGCUCUUUAGGAGGUACCACGUCCACAUCCGAACCUAUUCGCUUUGAGUUGUCCACGGCCGAAGACCUUGGGACAAACCUCUCUCCACCCAUUCAGGAUGCAAGUGUUGACCUCAUUACUGCCGGGAAUGCGGCACACUGGUUCGACAUGCCUCAUUUCUGGUCAACGGCUGCCCGGGUGCUCAAACCCGGCGGCAGCGUUGCUCUGUGGACCAGCGGCCGGACGCGCAUCCACCCGUCUGUUCCCAACGCAGCUGCGAUUCAGGAUGAGAUGGAUCGCAUCGAGGAGGAAUACCUAGUGCCUUAUUUUGUUCCGGGAAAUAUACUCACUCGCAACCGCUAUGUUGACCUGCCGCUUCCUUGGAGCUUGGAGACCCCCAUCGCAGUAUUUGACGAGAGCGCAUCCAGUCGAAAAGACUGGGAGAUCGAGAACGACUUCUACACGAUUAAUCCCGAAGUGACUCUGGACUUUUUUGAGAAAAUUACUGCGACUGGAAGCCCUGUGGUUCGCUGGCGCCAGGCUCAUCCGGAACUGAUUGACACUGAACGGGACGUUCUCAAGAUUUUCCGCAGGGCGAUCGAGCGUCUGCUGCAUGAAGCAGGCGUGGAGAAAGGCAAGGAGACCGUGAAAGGCGCCACACAUGGAUGUGUGCUCAUUGUGAAGAAGAAGAUAAUACUCCACUGGGCAUCACAAUAUGAGGCAACUGGCCGUAAAUUUCACCAGAUCAUCCUCAAGCCACACCCCGGCAUUAACUUCAUCCGGAGUGGUACUGGAGUGACUACCCGCUGUGCGAACCCCACUUUCUUACAUCCCCUGAGUAUUUUCCAUCAAUCGCCUCAACUCGGCAAGAACAUUUACAAAGACAAGAUAGUCAUGCAGUCAAGUAUUCCCCAGGGCCAAACAUUGGUCUAUUCCACAAUUGAUGGCCAUGAUGUCAAGUUGGACUACUAUUUGCCCCGCGCCGCCAGCGGAAGGCUGCCAGCUGUAAUCUACUACCACGGAGGAGGAAUGACCGCUGGAUGGCGUCGGGGCUUUGGUUUUCCCACUUGGUUAUAUGAUCACUGCCAAGAGAAAGGCUACGUCUUUAUCGCAGCCGACUACCGACUUUGUCAUCCAACUACUGCGCUAGACCAGAUUGACGAUGCGAAGGCUCUUUUUAAGUUCAUAACUGGGGAUUGUUUCCAGAAAUCUCUGCCAGAGUCUAUUGCGCUUGACGGAAAUCGGAUAGCUGUGACAGGCUUUUCGGCGGGGGCCUUCUCGGCCCGUGCAGCAUGCGUGUAUGCCGAUCCCAGACCUGCCGUGCUCAUGACUGCCUAUGGCACUUCUGGAGACUGGCUGUUGGAUCACUGGACCGUCGGCCGGCCCGCAACCACCAUUGCCAAGCUCGUGGAUCUUGAACAAGUACCGAAGCUGCUCGCUGACAAAUCCGUUGUGAGUGAAGAUGCGCCAGCUCAAGGUAUUUUCAACCGAUUAGCUUUGACCGUUCGCUGGGAGCUUGAUGGGACUUUCCUUGACGGCUGUCUUGGGAGACCUGGACUGGGCGCGGAGCUCAACAAACUGCCCUAUGAGGAACGAGCCGCGGCGAUUCCAGAAGAUUUAAAACCCGCCUUUCUUCAGCUCUUUGUAUCGGCAGAUUACCCUCCCGCAAUUUUUGUGCAUGGUACCUCGGAUGAAGUUGUUCCAGAUCAAGAGAGCGUACACCAUCACGAGCAACUCAAGAAGCUUGGUGUCAAGACGGAACUGAUUCUUGUGAAAGAUGCGGGACACGGACUUGCUGAUUUGAAUUCUGGAUUUCCGCCGAAGCCAGCGAAAGGGAAGGAGGAGGCUUACCACAGGGCGGCCAAGUUCAUUGAUGAAGCCUUUGCCGCUGUCAAUUCAUGA